AUGCUAGCCACGGAUAUUUGGGACUACAUUGUGGUUGGCGGUGGCCUCGCCGGCUCAGUGGUAGCAAACAGACUGUUGGCACUGAACAAUGACGCGAAGAUCCUCGUGAUAGAAGCUGGCCCCGACGCAGAAAACCGAUCGGAUAUUCUCUACGCAAACUCAACGAACCUUAUUGGAGGUGACUUCGACUGGAACUACAAUUCCGUCCCCCAGGAGAGUCUGAAUAAACGCAAGAUACAAAGCGCUGCGGGCAAAGCGUUGGGCGGUGGCUCAGUGAUCAACACAUGUGGCUGGAUGCGUGGAUCCAAGGUUGACUUCGAGGAGUGGGCUUCGCUAGCUAAUGACUCACGCUGGGGCUACGACGGACUACUGCCUUAUUUCAGGGGCACUGAGAGUUUCUGGAACAACAGCACAAACCCCAAUCAGCACGGCUACGAUGGCCCAAUGAAGGUGGAAGUCCCAACCACGACUGGGCGGGUCUACCCGCUUCGAGAUGCAGUAUUCAACUCAUAUGAGGCUGUCGGAAUCGAAGCACUCCCAGGUCUUGAUGCAAACGCCGGUGAUAAUCUCGGCUUUGGCGAGAUUGCUGAAAACCGGCGGAACGGCAAACGACAGAUUGCAUCAGAAUACUAUCCACUCAACGGAAUUACUGUGCUGACGGAAAGUCUUGUAGAGAAGAUACUCUUGGAAGAUGUGGUCAUUAAUAACAAAAGCAGCAGCUCAGGUGGCAACAAGGUGGUCGCUACUGGAGUUCGUCUGGCGAACGGAACGGAGUUUAGAGGCAAAGAAAUUAUCUCGUCCGCUGGUUCAUACCGCACACCGCAGCUCCUGAUGCUCUCCGGCAUUGGACCCGUCGAGGUUCUUUCUGAGUAUGACAUCGAACAGAACUUGGAUCUUCCAGAGGUAGGGAAAGGCCUCGCCGAUCAUCUUUUCCUAACCACGGAAUGGGAGCUGGCCCCGGAGUACAGAAUGGACACUGUUGAUUCUGGAAAUCCUCUGUUCUCUGAAGCACAAUAUGGACUCGGCCAGCCGAACAAUUUCGUGGCAUCUUACGGUGUCAGCAAUAUACCAGGCCUCACUCAGGCGAUCUCGAGUGAUGAAGGUCAAGCACCCGAUCCAGAUACGCACUGGUUGCUUAAGGAGACAAGAACAUUCUUCGAGGCCUUUGUUCUGUACACAAAUUUCGACCCCACUCUUCCAUCCAACAACAGCUAUUUGACAGCUGCGAAUGUUGGUCUACUUCCCACCUCUCGUGGCUCGGUCUCAAUCAACUCGUCUGACCCCACAGUUUCGCCCGUAAUCAACCCUAAUUUCUUCGCCUCGGAAGUCGACCGUUUUGUGUGGCGAGACGGGCUCAGAAAGACGAUCAAGAUGAUGGUGGGAGGCGCGUCGCCAUUGAGUCAAGGCAUCGUUGUGGGCGAAGCACCUCCUGCGGGUCUUCCAGCUCUCACGGUUGACUCGACUGAUGAUGAGAUCGAAGCGCGCAUUCGCGCCACAGCCAUCGGUACUUACCAUCCCGUCGGAACCUGCUCCAUGGGCAAGGUCGUUGAUAGCUCACUACGUGUUAUUGGAGUGAACAACUUGCGUGUCGUCGAUGCUUCUGUCAUCCCUACUCCCAUUACCGCUCACAUCCAGUCCACUGUCUAUGCUCUUGCUGAGCAGGCUGCUGAUAUCAUCGCGGCUGUGAGGUAG